AGACCUAGGGGCCGGCCUCGCAAAGAUGGCGCUUCCCCUUUCCAGAGAGCCAGAAAGAAGCCUCGGAGUAGAGGAAAAACUGCAGUGGAGGAUGAAGACAGCAUGGAUGGGUUGGAGGCAGCAGAAACAGAAAACACUGUGGAAACAGAAGUCAAAGAACAAUCUGCAGAGGAGGAUGCCCAAACUGAAGUGGACAGCAACAAGCAGCUAACACCAAUUCUUCAGCGCUCAGUAUCUGAGGAGUCUGCAAGCUCCACUGCCUCUGUUGGUGUUGAAGCCAAAACCAGCGAACAACUCUGCGCCUUUUGUUACUGUGGUGAACGAAGCUCAUUAGGACAAGGAGAAUUAAAACAAUUCAGUCCAACGCUAGCGUUUAUCAUCCCCUGGAAGAACCAGCCUUUAAGUAAGAGUGAAACCAACGACAGCAACGAUGGAGCUUAUGAGAGAACUCCAAGGCAAAACUCAGUGCCACGCAAACAAAGGGGACAGAAGAAAGAGAGACCUCAACAGAGUAUAGCAUCAUGUACAAGUGUAAGCACUCAAACUGCUUCUGAUGAUCAGGUUGUCAAAUUCUGGGAUGAACUCAGUUUAGUUGGCUUACCAGAUGACAUUGAUGUCCAAGCCUUAUUUGAGCCAACAGGUCACUGCUGGGCUCAUCACCGCUGUGCAGAGUGGUCAUUGGGAGUAUGCCAGACUGAAGAGCAGCUAUCGGUGAACGUGGACAAAGCUGUUGUCUCAGGGAGCACAGAACGAUGUGCAUAUUGUAAGCACCUUGGAGCCACUAUCAAAUGCUGUGAAGAGAAAUGUACCCAGAUGUACCAUUACCCCUGUGCUGCUGGAGCAGGCACCUUUCAGGAUUUCAGUAACUUCUCCCUCCUUUGUCCAGACCAUAUUGACCAGGCUCCUGAAAGAUCAAAGGAAGAAGCAAAUUGUGCAGUGUGUGACAGCCCUGGAGACCUCUUAGAUCAACUUUUUUGUACUACCUGUGGGCAGCAUUACCAUGGGAUGUGCCUGGAUAUACAAGUUACACCUUUAAAACGAGCAGGUUGGCAGUGUCCUGACUGCAAAGUGUGCCAGAACUGCAAGCAUUCUGGGGAAGACAACAAGAUGCUGGUGUGUGAUACAUGUGACAAAGGGUACCAUACUUUUUGUCUGCAACCAGUUAUGGACGCUGUACCAACAAAUGGCUGGAAAUGCAAAAACUGCAGAGUGUGUGCUGAGUGUGGCACACGAACCAGUUGUCAGUGGCACCACAACUGUCUAGUGUGUGAUAGUUGUUACCAACAGCAAGACAACCUACCUUGUCCUUUUUGUGAAAAAUCAUGCCACCCAGACUUGCAGAAAGACUUGUUGCACUGUCAUAUGUGCAAAAGGUGGAUUCAUAUAGAAUGUGACAAACCUCCAGGUAAUGAAUUGGAUUCUCAGUUAAAAGAUUACAUCUGUACUCUUUGUAAACAACUAGAAGGAGAAGUGGAUCAGACACAGCCAUGUGAUCUAAUGCAGACUUCUGGACUGAUUCCUGAAUCCUGCAGUGUGACAGCUUGUACAAAUGAAAUGGAAAUUGGAGGUGAUGCAGAAGAAGUGGCAUUUCAGGAAAAAAGAGUUACUGACGAUGGUCCUGGUCAAGAAUCAACAGUUGGAUGUGUCACAGAUGUUACAGACAUAUCACAGGAUGAAAAGACUGUUGAACUGGAAGCAGGAGUUUCUAAUCAACUUGGUACAGCUAAAAUGGAAACAUCUCCUAAAAGGACACCAGCAUCUGAUGACAGUCAAACUAAGCACAUGAUGGAAGUGACAGAAAGAAUUCAAGCUGUAACGCAGCCGGAGUCAGACAAACAAGCAGAAGAGCAACAACUGUCACAAGAUGCUGAGGUAUCAAAAGUAUCCACAGAGGAAACUCAGCCUCCCCUUUCAGCACCUGAUGCCACAACUACACCACCAGAAACUUUAGGGUCUGUGAAUAAAGAGGAGACUUCUUUUAAGAUAGAAGAACAAUUGGAGACAGUAAGAGUGCAAGAAGACAUAGAAAAGAAAGAAACCCAUGAAAGCUCUGAAACACCAACUUUUCUGUUGAAAGUGGAAACCACUCCUGCAAAUGAAAGUUGUGCAAACAACAGUUCACUAUUAGGAGACAAACCUAUAAAGUCACCGACUGAGACAUAUUCUUCAUUUUCAUCAUCAGUUGACAUAAACAAGAGAAGUGUGUGUUCCUCACCAGUAGUUUCAUUAGAUUUGCAUUCUGCACAUGAUAUGCUGCACAGUCAGACUCCACCACAGAGUUCCUCUGCCGGAAAUGUUCUCCCAGCAACUUAUAUAUCUGUCACUCCAAAAAUCGGCAUGGGAAAGCCAGCUAUCACCAAACGAAAGUUUUCUCCUGGGAGACCAAGAUCAAGACAGGGGGCUUGGAGUACCAAUAAUACAGUGAGCCCACCUUCCUGGUCCCCAGAUAUUUCAGAAGGUCGGGACAUUUUUAAAUCCAGACAGCUUCCUGGCAGUGCCAUUUGGAGCAUCAAAGUGGGCCGUGGAUCAGGAUUCCCAGGGAAGCGGAGACCACGUGGUGCGGGUCUUUCAGGAAGAGGUGGCAGAGGUAGAUCAAAACUGAAGAAUGGGAUUGGGGCUGUUGUCACUCCAGGGGUCACAACCAUGGAUGUUUCAUCUAACAAAGACGAGGAAGACAACUCGAUGCAUAAUACAGUUGUACUAUUUUCUAGCAGUGACAAGUUCACUUUACAUCAGGAUAUGUGUGUAGUUUGUGGGAGUUUUGGCCAGGGUGCAGAGGGCAGGUUGCUUGCAUGCUCUCAGUGUGGUCAGUGUUACCAUCCCUACUGUGUCAGUAUUAAGAUUACUAAGGUGGUGCUCAGUAAAGGCUGGAGGUGCCUGGAGUGCACAGUGUGUGAAGCCUGCGGGAAAGCUACAGAUCCAGGAAGACUGCUUCUCUGUGAUGACUGUGACAUCAGCUACCACACUUACUGCCUAGAUCCCCCACUGCAGACAGUUCCCAAAGGAGGAUGGAAGUGCAAAUGGUGUGUUUGGUGCAGGCACUGCGGAGCAACUUCUCCUGGUCUAAGAUGUGAAUGGCAAAACAAUUACACGCAGUGUGCUCCUUGUGCAAGUUUAUCUAACUGCCCAGUCUGCUUUCGCAAUUAUAAGGAAGAAGAGCUCGUUCUUCAGUGUAGGCAAUGUGAUAGAUGGAUGCAUGCAAUCUGUCAGAAUUUAAACACAGAAGAGGAAGUGGAAAGCAUAGCUGAUAUUGGUUUUGACUGUACCAUGUGUAGGCCAUACAUACCACCAACAAACGUACCUUCCUCAGACUGCUGUGACCCAUCAAUUGCAGCUCAGAUUGUUUCAAAAGUAAAAGAACUAGACCCACCGAAGACAUAUACCCAAGAUGGAGUCUGUUUGACAGAAUUGGGGAUGUCUCAGUUACAGAGCCUCACUGUUACAGUACCAAGAAGAAAACGGACAAAACCAAAACUUAAGUUGAAGAUUAUAAACCAGAACAGUGUAGCUGUGCUACAGACACCACCAGAUAUCCAAUCAGAGCAUUCCAGAGAUGGAGAGAUGGAUGACAGUAGAGAAGGUGAUCUUAUGGACUGUGAUGGAAAAUCAGAUUCCAGCCCAGAACGAGAAACUGUGGAUGAUGAUACUAAGGUGACAGAAGGAGCUGAUGGGGUCAAAAAGAGAAAAAGAAAGCCAUACAGACCUGGUAUUGGAGGAUUUAUGGUACGCCAGAGAAGUCGUACAGGGCAGGGUAAAACUAAGAGAUCUCUCUCCAGGAAAGAUUCUUCCGGUUCUGUUUCUGAGCAGUUGCCUAGCAGAGAAGAUGGUUGGACUGAACAGCUGCCAGAUACACCAGUUGAUGAGUCUACUCCUGUUUCUGAAAAUACUGAGAAAAUAAAAAAGCGUUACAGGAAAAAGAAAAAUAAACUUGAAGAAACCUUCCCUGCAUACUUGCAGGAAGCUUUCUUUGGAAAAGAUCUCCUAGAUACCAGUAGACAAAGUAAGAUGAGCCUAGAAAAUGUAUCUGAAGAAUCACUUCUGAUGUCAUGUAAAACUAAUCAGACCACCAAUUUUCUGGAUCCAUCUUCCGACCCACUGCUUAGUUCAGCCUCUACUCCAGCUCAAGCAAAACUGGGAGCUCAAGGUAGUUCUGAUGACCCUUUGGCUGACCUUUCAGAGGUCUUGAACACAGAUGAUGAUAUUCUGGGAAUACUUUCUGAUGAUUUAGUAAAGUCUGGAGAUCAUUCAGAUAUUGGCCCCAUCUCUGAUGAUCCUUCCUCUCUGCCUCAGCCAAGUGUCAAUCAGAGUUCACGGCCCCUGAGUGAAGAACAAUUAGAUGGAAUUCUCAGUCCAGAACUAGACAAAAUGGUCACAGAUGGUGCAAUUCUUGGUAAACUGUACAAAAUUCCAGAGCUGGGAGGAAAGGAUGUGGAAGACUUGUUCACUGCUGUACUGAGUCCUGCAACCACUCAGCCAACUCCUUUGCCACAGCCUCCACCUCAGUUAAUGCCUUUACACAAUCAGGGGGAAAGUGUGUUUUCAAGAGUACCACUUAUGAAUGGCCUGAUUGGACUUACCCCCCAUCUCCCUCAUACACCUUUGGCUCCUGGAGCUGGACUAGGCACUUUCUCUCCUAUUACACAACCACCGUACAGUGAUACCAGGGAUAAGAACCCAGCAUUUAAUCCAGUGGUAAAUGAUCCUAAUAGUUCAUGGACACCAUCUGCUCCCCCUAUGGAAGGAGAAGGGGAUACAAUGUCCAAUGCUCAAAGAAGCACUCUGAAGUGGGAAAAAGAAGAAGCACUUGGUGAAAUGGCAACAGUAGCACCUGUUCUGUACACAAAUAUCAACUUCCCCAACCUAAAGGAAGAAUUCCCAGACUGGACUACAAGAGUGAAGCAGAUUGCUAAACUGUGGAGAAAAGCAAGCUCACAAGAAAGAGCACCAUAUGUGCAAAAAGCCAGAGAUAAUAGAGCUGCUCUGCGCAUCAAUAAAGUGCAGAUGUCAAAUGACUCCAUGAAAAGGCAGCAGCAACAGGAUAGCAUUGAUCAUAGCUCUCGAAUCGACUCAGACCUCUUUAAAGAUCCUUUAAAGCAGAGGGAAUCGGAACAUGAGCAGGAGUGGAAAUUCAGACAGCAAAUGCGUCAGAAAAGUAAGCAGCAAGCCAAAAUUGAAGCCACACAAAAACUUGAGCAAGUGAAAAAUGAGCAGCAGCAGCAGCAACAACAACAACAGUUUGGUUCACAACAGCUUCUGAACCAGUCUGGCUCAGACACACCUAACAGUGGGAUACAGAGCCCCUUAACGCCUCAGACUGGCAAUGGAAAUAUGUCUCCUGCUCAACAGACAUUCCACAAAGACCUAUUUACAAAACAACAACUACCUGGUACCCCUACUUCAGUAUCCUCAGAUGAUGUGUUUCUCAAACCACAAGCGCCACCUCCACCCCCAACCCCAACUAGAAUGCCAGUACAGGAUCCUCUUGCUCAGUCACAGACGCCUCAGCCUGCGUCACAACAGAUGUUUCCUCCAAGUACUACAAACUCUAGACCGCCCUCUCCAAUGGAUCCUUAUGCUAAAAUGGUGGGAACACCUAGGCCACCACCUGUUAACCAAAACUUUGUCAGAAGAAGUACUAUUACACCAAUGGAUACCUGUCCACCACCAUCAUCUGUAUCCAGGCCCAUUCAAGUGAGUGAACCAGCAGGAAGCAGGCCUUCACCAGUCAGAGAUUCAUGUUCUUCAUCUCCAGUUAGCAAUGACCCCUAUGCAAAACCACCAGAUACACCCAGACCUGUAAUGGCAGCAGAUCAGUUCCCCAAACCUUUGGGGGUACCAAGAUCUCCCAUAAUUAUGGAACAAUCAGGGAAAGUUCCUUUAACAACUGGAAGCAAUGAUGCAUUCACUAAACCAGCUUCUAGAACUGAUAUAUUUCAAAGACAGAGAAUACCUCCUGCUGAUCCAUAUGCACGACCACCACUGACUCCUACUCCCAUUGUUGAUGGCAGCCCUGGACCCUUUAAAACUCCAAUGCGUCCACCACAGUCCCCACAAGAUCCUUAUGGAUCAAUGCCACCAACACCAAGACGCAUUGCUGUUGAUCCAUAUGAAAGGCCUGUUUUGACACCAAGGCCAGUGGAUAGCUUUUCCCACAAUCAGUCUAAUGAUCCAUACAGCCAGCCUCCUCUGACUCCUCACCCUGCAAUAAAGGAGCCUUUUGCCCAUCCGCCCCGGGUAAUGCGACAGCAGAGUGACUCUUUCUCUCAGUCUGGACCCAUUUCAAGGCCAGCCUCUCAGGACCCUUAUUCCCAAUCUCCAGGUACUCCUCGGCCGGCUGCUGACCCUUAUUCCCAACCUCCAGGAACACCUCGACCCACCACUGUUGAUCCAUAUAUGCAGCAACCACCCACACCAAGACCUGCACAGCCAGCAGAUUUAUUUGUUCAGUCUCCAGCAAAUCAGAGACAUUCUGAUCCAUAUGCUCAACCUCCUGGAACGCCAAGGCCAGUUAUUAAUGACCCUUAUUCUCAGCCACCAGCAACUCCAAGGCCAGGGAUUCCAGAGAAUUUUAACAGACCCACGGUAAGACCAGGACUAAUGCCAAAUCGAGAUCCUUUCCUGCAGACAUCCCAAAACAGAGGAACUGCUCUGCAGGGAACUUUUGUAAGACCACCAGAUCCAUGUUCUCAAACUCCAAGACCAGCAGGACCUGCUGUAACAGAAUCAUUUAGCCAUGCUCCAGCAGCCCCAGCACAUGAUCCUUAUGAUCAGCCUCCAAUGACUCCAAGACCUCAGCCAGAAACUUUUGGAACUAGUCAGCAUGCCCACGAAGCUGAUCAGCAAAGGUCUGGAUCUGAGGGCAACUUUAAUGCAUCUGCAAAUUCUCCAAUGAGCUCUCAAGGGCAGCAGUUUUCCACAGUCUCACAAGUUUCUGGCCCAGCACCAACUACAGGAGUAACGGAUACACAGAAUACCAUGAACAUGUCUCAGGCAGACACAGAGAAACUAAGACAGCGCCAGAAGUUGCGUGAAAUUAUUCUGCAGCAGCAGCAGCAGAAAAAGAAUGCUAUCCGUCAGGAAAAAGCACUACAGGAUCCAGCCACGCCUCCCCAUGCAGCUCCGCAUCAACACUGGCAGCAAGAAAAUCUAAAUCAGAUUUUUAACCGACCUCCUCCUCCCUACCCUGGGAAUAUUAGAGCAUCCAUCAUCCCUCCAGGUGGUCCAAGGUUCGCAGUAUUCCCAAAAGAUCAACGUGGACCAUUUCCCUCUGAUGGGCAGUUUAAUAGACCCCAAUUUCCAGGAGAUAUGACAGCCAUGGGAAUGAGGCCUCAUGGUCUUAGAUUUGGGUUUCCAGGAGGUGGACAUGGUCCACCAACAGGUCAAGAACGUUUUCUUGGGCCUCAACAGCAAAUGCAACGCGCUGGAGUUCCACCACAGCUGAGAAGAUCUUUGUCUAUAGAUAUGCCUAGGCCAUUGAACAACACACAUAUGAAUAGUCCAGCUGGACUGUCUCAGCAUUUUCCACCACAGGGUAUUCAGGUUCAGCAACACAAUAUACUGGGUCAAGCAUUCAUUGAGUUACGCCACAGAGCCCCUGAUGGCAGACCAAGACUCCCCUUUAAUCCCUCUGCUGCUAAUGUUAUAGACCCAGCACCCCAGCAUCAGCGGCAUACAGGAUUUAUACCUAGGCAGGACUUUCAGGGUCCAAGACACCUAGAUCCAGUGAGACGUAAUCCUCAAGGUCUAACUAACCAGUUACAGAUGUCUACAAGUUUGGAGCACUUGCCACAAUCUCAGCAAGAUAAUCAUGACCAUCCACCCGUGCUUGUCAUGCGUUCCUUAAGUCAUCCCCCGGUUAAUGAUGCUUUUUCAGGGACUCCUUUGCCUACAUCUGCACCCACUGAGGCACCUGGGAAUCUACAGAUUCCCAACCAGCCAACUGAUGGAUUAGAAGAGAAGCUUGAUCCUGAUGAUCCCUCUGUAAAGGACUUAGAUGUCAAAGACCUGGAUGGGGUUGAAGUCAAGGACUUAGAUGAUGAGGAUCUUGAAAAUUUAAAUCUAGAUCCAGAGGAUGGGAAAGGAGAUGAGUUGGACACUUUAGAUAAUCUAGAAACCAAUGAUCCUCACCUUGAUGACCUCCUGAGAUCAGGGGAAUUUGACAUAAUUGCAUACACAGACCCAGAACUUGAUCUGGAAGAUAAAAAAAGUAUGUUUAAUGAGGAAUUGGAUCUUAGUGUUCCUAUAGAUGACAAAUUAGAUAUCCAGAGCAAGACAGAAGAACCAAAACAGAAAGAACAAAGUGAUAAAACUUCAGUCCCCACUGAUGCACUUUCUCCGCAGAAGAAAUCUGCUAUGGAAAGUGAGAUUAAAACAGAAGUGCUUUCUCCAAACUCAUUAGAUGAAACAAAGUCUGAAAAUGAAAAGAAUGAUGGAAAUGUGGAAUCUUCAGGCCCUCAGGUUGCUGCUGAAACAAAGUUAAAUGAUGGAGAAAAAGCUCCUGUGCAGCCUAAUAAUCCAGAAUUACCUGACAAAACUAUUACUACGAAUCGGGAAACAACUGUGUCUAGUCCAAAUGUUGUUCAGGGCCCUGCUAAACUGCCUGCUCAGGGUGUUAUAAAUUCUUGCAGUAUUUCUGGAUCCACACCAGUCCUUUCAAGUCUGCUGGCCAACGAGAGUUCAGAUAACUCUGACAUAAGGGCAUUAGGCUCUUCACCUCAGUCUUUGCCAGCAACACAAACAAAUCACGUAUCGGGUGUUUCUCAAACACUAAUGACACCUGCUGGACAACUCUUGGAAAACGCUUUAAAUUCUAAUCUGACCGUGGUUCCACGAAUAAACCAUAGCUUCUCUCAAGGGGCAACAGUAAAUCCAGGAUUUAUCCAAGGUCAGUCAACCAAUCACAGCUUUGGGACAGGACAACCUGGUAAUCAAGCCGUGACUUUGGCAAGUCGCCCUGGUCCCAGUGGCAUAUCUGGUCCCCAGCAGAUAAUGCUCCCACAGACUCUAGCCCAGCAGCAAAAUCGGGAGAGACCUCUUUUACUAGAGGAGCAGCCUCUUCUUCUGCAGGAUCUUUUGGAUCAGGAAAGGCAGGAGCAGCAGCAGCAGCGACAGAUGCAAGCCAUGAUUCGUCAGCGUUCAGAGCCAUUUUUCCCCAAUAUUGAUUUUGAUGCAAUCACUGAUCCCAUAAUGAAAGCAAAAAUGGUAGCUCUUAAAGGUAUCAAUAAAGUAAUGGCACAGAGCAAUAUGGGGAUGCCACCAAUGGUUAUGAACAGGUUUCCCUUUAUGGGUCAGCCAAUGUCAGGAACGCAGACUAGUGAAGGCCAGAAUCUUAUGCAGCAACCAAUCACACAGGAUGGAAGUUUGACACCUCAGAUUUCUAGGCCUAAUCCUCCAAAUUUUGGUCCUGGUUUUGUCAAUGAUUCACAAAGAAAGCAAUAUGAAGAAUGGCUUCAAGAAACACAACAACUUCUUCAAAUGCAACAGAAAUACCUUGAAGAGCAAAUUGGAGCACACAGAAAAUCAAAAAAAGCGCUCUCAGCCAAACAGCGCACUGCCAAAAAAGCCGGCCGUGAAUUCCCAGAAGAAGAUGCAGAACAGCUUAAGCAUGUUACUGAGCAGCAGAGUAUGGUCCAAAAACAGCUAGAACAGAUUCGAAAACAGCAAAAGGAACAUGCAGAGCUCAUUGAGGAAUAUCGAAUCAAGCAGCAGCAGCAGUGUGGGAUAACACCACAUUCUAUAAUGCCAGGAGUCCAGUCUCAGCCACCUAUGGUUCCAGGAGGAACACCACCAGCAAUGAAUCAGCAGAACUUCCCCAUGGUAGCACAACAACUCCAGCAUCAGCAGCACACAGUUGUAAUUCCUGGGCAGUCCAACCCAGCCAGAAUGCCAAAUUUACCUGGGUGGCAACCUGCAACUGCUCCUCCAAAUCACCUCCCCCUCAAUGCUCCGAGGAUGCAGCCUCCAAUGACACAGUUGCCAAUGAAUCCUGGCACACCAACUCCAGUGCCAGGUUCCAAUGCGAAUGCACAGUCAGGACCACCACCAAGGGUUGAAUUUGAUGAUAAUAACCCAUUUAGUGAAAGUUUUCAAGAGCGGGAACGAAAGGAGCGUUUACGAGAGCAGCAGGAACGGCAACGAAUACAGCUUAUGCAGGAGGUGGACCGACAGAGGGCUUUGCAGCAGAGGAUGGAAAUGGAACAACAUGGCAUGAUAGGGUCAGAAUUAAAUAACAGAGCUUCCUUGUCUCAGAUACCUUUCUUUAACUCUGACCUACCCUGUGAUUUCAUGCCGCCUCCACGACCCCUUCAGCAAUCUCCACAGCAUCAACAGCAGCAAAUGGGGCAAGUUUUGCAACAAGGCCCUGUGAACUCACCACCUGCAGUAAAUUUUAUGCAAAGCAAUGAGCGAAGACCACUGGGGCCUGCCCCUUUUGGGCCUGAACCACCUUCAAUUCCUGGUGGAUCCCCUAACUUCCAUUCUGUAAAACAAUCCCAUGGGAAUAUCUCUGGGACCAGCUUCACGCAGAACCAAGUAAGGCCUCCAUUUGUGCCUGGUAUACCUGCAGGACCUCCAGCAGCUGGUAGUGGUCCUUCAUGUGGCCAAGACACCAGCACGCCCCAUGCACCAAAUUUCCCUGGGUCAAGUCAGUCUCUCAUUCAGCUGUAUUCUGAUAUAAUUCCAGAAGAGAAAGGAAAAAAGAAAAGGACACGAAAAAAGAAAAAGGAUGAUGAUGCAGAGUCAAUAAAAGCCCCAUCAACUCCACAUUCAGAUAUAACUGCACCCCCAAUUCCAGCUGUUUCAGAUUCUACCUCUACCCCAACAGUCAGCACACCCAGUGAACUUACUCAUCAUCAGGGUGAAUCAGCGGAGCUAACAGGCUCAUCAACAACAAAUGCUGUGGAGAACCCGCCUUCCUUAGAUCUGGAAUGUAAGCAUUCCAAUAGUGGUUUGCUCCAAAAGAAAUUGCCUCAGAAAUCUAGUGUAAAUCCUGAAACUGAAAAGAGCAAGACAGAUAUGCCUGCCAGCAUUCAGGAAAUUAAACUGGAAAAAGCAGAAUCUGAUCAAUGUUUUGGUCAAGCUGAGCCUAAAACAGAGAAUCAAAGUGGUAUUACGAUAGAAGAAGACAAGGCCGCACUGCACCCUGCCUCUUCAGCACAGAGUCCAGCACAAUCAACCAGCACCCCAGCAGCAAAAGGGGAGUCAGGGAAUGAACUGCUGAAACACUUGCUUAAAAAUAAAAAAUCAUCCUCUCUUGUAAAUCAGAAAUCAGAGAACAGCUGCCGAUCAGAAGAAGAAAGUGCUGGGGACAACAAACUAGUGGAGAAACAGAACCCAGCUGAAGGAAUGCCAACUGUGGGGAAUCAAAUGCAAGGUGCCUUUGGAUGUGGUAACAGCCAGCUUCAGAGAACAGAUAUAGGACAUGAAAUAAAGAAACAACGAAAUAAACGAACUCAGAGGACUGGAGAGAAGGCAGCCCCUCGGUCUAAGAAAAGAAAAAAAGAAGAGGAGGAAAAACAGGCUCUUUAUCCUAACACAGAUACAUUUAUCCAACUAAAACAGCAGAAUAAUCUGAGUAAUCCUCCAACACCCCCAGCCUCUCUCCCUCCAACACCACCACCAGUGGCUUGUCAAAAGAUGGUGAAUGGAUUUGCAACUACUGAGGAACUUGCUGGAAAGGCUGGAAUGCUGGGCGGACAUGAUGUUACGAAAGCGCUUGGGCCGAAACAGUUCCAGUUACCUUUCAGACCACAGGAUGAUUUGUUAGCAAGAGCUAUGGCUCAGGGCCCUAAAACUGUGGAUGUUCCUGCUUCACUUCCAACACCACCCCAUAACAAUCAGGAAGAAUUAAGGGUUCAAGAUCACUGUGAUGACCGGGACACUCCUGACAGCUUUGUUCCCUCUUCCUCUCCUGAAAGUGUUGUGGGAAUGGAAGUAAGUAGGUAUCCAGAUUUGUCUCUGGUAAAGGAAGAGAUCCCAGAGCCUGUACCAUCCCCCAUCAUUCCAAUCCUACCCAGCAGUACUGGAAAAGGUUCAGAAGCAAAAAGGAAUUAUGUAAAAUCAGAACAUAGUUCAGGAACUUUACCUGGUUCUGGCUUCUUUGGCUCUCAGCUUGGGCCAUCCCAAAAUGGUCUGAAAUCUGGCCUUAUAUCUGUAGCAAUUACUUUACAUCCCACAGCUGCAGAGAAUAUUAGUAGCGUUGUGGCUGCGUUUUCCAAUCUUCUGCAUGUCAGAAUUCCCAACAGUUAUGAAGUUAGUAAUGCCCCAGAUGUUCCAUCCUCCAUGGGAGUGUUAAACAGUCACAGAAUGAAUCCGGCUAUGGAAUACAGACAGCACUUAUUACUUCAUGGUCCUCAGGCAGGAUCCAUGGGCCCUACCAGACUAAUAGGGUCUUAUGGCCUGAAGCAACCUAAUGUGACAUUUCCUCCAAACAGCAAUGGUCUAGCCGGUUAUAAAGAUCACAAUCAAAAUAUUGCAGAAGGCUCGGCGCUGAGACCUCAGUGGUGUUCUCAUUGUAAAGUGGUCGUUCUUGGUAGUGGAGUGCGGAAAUCGUUCAAAGAUCUGUCUUUCCUUAAACAGGAUUCCCGAGAGAUCUCUGAUAGAGUGGAAAAGGAUGUUGUAUUUUGUAGCAACAACUGCUUUGUUCUUUAUUCAGCAGCUGUGCAAGCAAAAAACUCAGAGAGCAAGGACUCAAUUCCAUCUUUCCCACAGUCACCGAUGAAAGAAAUGCCACCUAAAGCAUUCCAUCAGUACAGCAACAACAUCUCCACUUUAGAUGUACAUUGUCUCCCUCAGCUGCAGGAAAAAGUUUCUCCACCUUCAUCACCCCCUAUCACGUUCCCUCCUGCAUUUGAAGCAGCCAAGGUAGAGGCAAAGCCAGAUGAGCUUAAAGUAACAGUGAAGCUAAAACCUAGGUUAAAAACAAUACACAGUAGCCUUGAUGAUUGUCGACCUCUAAGUAAGAAAUGGAGAGGAAUGAAAUGGAAAAAAUGGAACAUUCAGGUUGUGAUUCCUAAAGGAUCAUUCAAACCCCCUGGUGAAGAGGAGAUAGAUGAGUUUCUCAAGAAACUGGGCACAACCCUUAAACCUGACCCUGUGCCUAAAGACUACAGAAAAUGUUGCUUCUGUCAUGAAGAGGGUGAUGGACUAACAGAUGGACCAGCAAGACUUCUUAACCUUGACUUAGACCUUUGGGUCCAUUUGAACUGUGCACUUUGGUCUACAGAGGUUUAUGAGACACAGGCUGGUGCCUUAAUUAACGUGGAACUAGCACUGCGAAGAGGCUUGCAAAUGAAAUGCAUGUUCUGUCACAAAAUGGGCGCCACCAGCAGUUGUCACAGGUUAAGAUGCACCAAUAUUUAUCACUUUACCUGUGCCAUUAAAGCACAAUGCAUGUUUUUUAAAGACAAAACCAUGCUUUGCCCCAUGCACAAACCAAAGGGAGCUCAUGAGCAAGAACUUAAUUACUUUGCAGUUUUCAGGAGGGUCUACGUUCAGCGUGAUGAGGUGCGGCAAAUUGCUAGUAUAGUACAGCGGGGAGAACGUGAGCACACUUUCCGUGUAGGAAGCCUGAUCUUCCACACUAUUGGUCAGCUGCUGCCGCAACAGAUGCAGGCAUUCCACUCUUUGAAAGCUCUCUUCCCUGUUGGAUACGAGGCCAGCCGGUUGUAUUGGAGCAUGCGAUAUGCAAACAGGCGCUGUCGCUAUCUGUGUUCCAUUGAGGAGAAGGAUGGCUUUCCAGUGUUCGUGAUCAGGAUUGUUGAGCAAGGUCAUGAUGAUCUGGUUCUUACUGAUUCCACACCAAAAGGUGUGUGGGAUAAAAUCUUGGAGCCUGUUGCUUCUGUUAGAAAAGAAUCUGGAAUGCUACAGCUCUUUCCUGGAUAUUUGAAGGGUGAAGACCUCUUUGGUUUGACAGUCUCUGCAGUGGCAAGAAUUGCUGAAUCACUUCCUGGGGUUGAGGCUUGUGAGAACUACACUUUCCGAUAUGGCCGAAACCCUUUAAUGGAACUUCCUCUUGCCAUCAAUCCCACGGGCUGUGCCCGUGCUGAGCCUAAAAUGAGUACCCAUGUCAAGAGGUUUGUGUUAAGGCCUCACACCUUGAAUAGCACCAGCACCUCGAAGUCAUUUCAGAGCACAGUGACAGGAGAGCUAAAUGCGCCUUACAGUAAACAGUUUGUCCAUUCCAAGUCCUCCCAGUACCGUAAAAUGAAGACUGAAUGGAAAUCCAAUGUGUAUCUGGCUCGCUCUCGGAUUCAGGGCCUGGGCUUAUAUGCUGCUAGAGACAUUGAAAAGCACACCAUGAUCAUUGAAUAUAUUGGAACUAUCAUCCGUAAUGAGGUAGCAAACAGGAAAGAGAAACUUUAUGAAUCUCAGAAUCGUGGAGUGUACAUGUUCCGCAUUGACAAUGAUCAUGUCAUUGAUGCUACAUUGACAGGAGGUCCUGCAAGGUAUAUUAACCAUUCAUGUGCACCGAACUGCGUGGCUGAGGUGGUGACUUUUGAGAGAGGACACAAGAUUAUCAUCAGCUCCAACAGAAGAAUCCAGAAGGGGGAGGAGCUUUGCUAUGACUAUAAGUUUGAUUUUGAAGAUGACCAGCACAAGAUCCCAUGUCACUGUGGAGCUGUAAACUGCCGAAAAUGGAUGAACUAGAAUGCAUUCCUUGCUGUCUUUGAGGGUUGCUUGUCCCUAAGAUGAAGUGACUUAUAUUUUGAUUUUGUCGACAGAAAAUUCUUACCUUCCUGGGGGGAAUAAAAUCACUUCUGGGAGUUUCAGUUUCUAUUCAAGUGUAAAACAAGCACCAGAAGCAAGUCAGCAAAAUCUGAAGCUGUCUAACUUCCCAGAUGCCUGGAGGUUAAACUGAAUUACAGAAUGGUCCAGCACUUUUGUUUUUUGAGCUCACUACGGAGAAACUGUUUAAUUUGGGCAAAGAACCGAUGGCUGACCUGCUGGAGGGCAGGUGGGCAUAUAUGAAUGUAAGACUGAAAUCACCAGCGAAAGGGACAAGUCCAAAGUGCUGGCCACAGCCUUAUUUGAUAAAGGGGCAGGCCCUCUAAUUAAAGAAAAUUUUUAAAUAAAAGUAGACACCACUGAACAAGGAAUGUACUGAAAUGACUUCCUUAGGGAUAGAGCUAA